UGAGAAGGCCCAAGAGAAUAAUAUAUAAGUUGAAGUUGUCAUUGUAAUUGAAGUGAUCUCUAGGGUUUGAGAAGAGCGGAGCUACAUAUCUGCCUGCAUUCCCAGGUAGACGUACAGGAGCUCAUUCACCAGCAAUCAUGGGUAUUUCUAGGGAUUCUAUGCACAAGAGGCGUGCAACUGGAGGCAAGAAGAAGGCGUGGAGGAAGAAGAGAAAGUAUGAGCUGGGAAGACAACCAGCAAACACGAAGUUGUCCAGUAACAAGACAGUUCGCAGGGUCAGAGUUCGUGGAGGCAAUGUGAAAUGGCGUGCAUUGAGGCUUGAUACAGGAAACUACUCUUGGGGAAGUGAGGCUGUGACCCGAAAGACUCGUAUUCUGGAUGUUGUUUAUAAUGCAUCCAACAAUGAGCUUGUCAGAACCCAGACUUUGGUGAAGGGUGCCAUUGUGCAAGUGGAUGCUGCACCCUUCAAGCAGUGGUAUCUUCAGCAUUAUGGAGUUGAAAUUGGUCGCAAGAAGAAGACAGCUGCAAAGAAGGAAGGAGAGGAGACUGAGACUACUGUAACUGAAGAGGCAAAGAAGAGUAACCAUGUCCAGAGAAAACUAGAAAAACGUCAGCAGGACCGCAAGAUUGACCAACAUAUUGAGGAACAAUUCGGCGGUGGCCGUCUGUUAGCUGCGAUCUCCUCUCGCCCAGGACAGUGUGGGCGAUGUGAUGGUUAUAUUUUGGAGGGCAAGGAAUUGGAAUUUUACAUGAAGAAACUUCAGAGAAAGAAGGGAAAAGGUGCAGGCGCUGCAUAAGUUUUGUAAUGAUAACUAAAAUUUUGCAGUUCAAAAUUGUUCUGAGAUUUCGCCUGUUCUACUGAACAAAAAUGUCGAGACAUCAUUUCUGCAUCACAAUAUCAACUCUGAGAGCUUUAUCUUUUUGUUUUUGACAUUUUGGCUAUGAAUUGGAUGCCUUGGCUUGUUGCA